GCUGGAGUAUGGGAACACAGCAGAAGCCGCCAAGGAACUCGGUCGUAUGGUGAAGAAACUCUGGUCUGCAGCGGAACCUCAUUUGCUCAAGAUGUUGGCAUGCCUGUCUGUUGCAGCAGCCUUUGUGACUGCUAUGCUCCUCAAGUAUCCCCAAAGAUCUCGUAAGGUCAGUGUGCCGGUGUCAAAGCCUAAGCCCUCAGCUCGACCAGCGCGAGUACCAGUCCUAGCUCCUCAUAGUGUUGCACAGCCGCCUGUGUUCCGUUCGGAGCAGCCUGUGCAUCGCCCAAUGCACAAACCAGAGCCCUCUUCCUGCUUAGAUCUUCCUGUGCAAUCGGUGUUACCCAGGCCAGAUCCACCUGCCAGCCUUAAUGUUCCUUCAGUUGGUCAUGGGAAUCGUGAUCAGAUGAUUCAGCAAGGGGAUGGUGGCAUCGUAAGGGCUUCAGAUGACAAGUCGAUGCCACCAGUGGUCCAAUUGCUUGGAGAGUUCUCAUAUGUGGAUACAGGCAGCUCAAGAGGGAGGCCUGUCAAAGACCCCAGUCAGCAUGGUGGAGAUAUCAGGGUUCAGGAAUCGACGCCUCCCAGAAAGGAUGUGGUCAGGAUACAAAAGGAAUCUGACAAAGCUCGAAGCCCUGGUAUUCAAGCAGCACUAAAGAAGGAGAGUGCAGCAGAAGAAGAGAAGAUUGAUGCUACACCAACUCCGCUGAGACGUUCAAGUCGCCUCCGUAAAAAGCCUUCUCCGUGAGCAAGACAAACAUGACGCAUUUUGUUGAUGGCAGAUGUUGAUUCUUCCUGGUGCCGGGAGUUUUGGGAGACAUCACCUAGUUGUAACCCAACAAAAUCUAGCUUUUGUGCUGUAGCUGAAACAAGUUAUUGUAAAAGACCUGCAGUGUGUUUGGUUUUCCAGGAAACUUGUAGAUUUUGCAUUUGACAUUUGACGCCUUUGUAC